AUGUGGCCACGUUCAUCUGGGGCCAGGCCUUGGGCAGGCGCUUUUGUAGGGAAGGACCCAGGAGUCAUGGCUUGGUGGUGUCUGGAUGGGCUUCCCCAAGGCCUUUCUGAGCCAUGGAGAGAACUCUGGAGAUUGGGCUUGCAGCCCCUGGAAUCCAUACCUUCGAUGUGCAGGAGCAGCAAGGACUAUAGAAGCUUAAGGAAGAGGGGGAACAUGGAUGGCUGGAGACAGAAUCUAGAGACUUCAAAUAAUGUGGAGAUGUUGCGACCUUCAGGUUCCACUGGGCUAAUUCCCCCAUCUCACUUCCAAGCUCGAUCGCUUCCAACUCUGCCAAGAAUGGCUCCCACCUGGGUUGCAGACAUUCCCUUGGUCCAAUCCCCAGCCCAUCAAGAUGUUUCAGAGAGGCGGUUAGACAACUUGAGACCUCAAAUGGCCGUGUGGGAACGAGAUGCUUCUGGUGAUGGGCAGGAGCCAGGGCGGAGAGUCAGGUCCGUGGAGGGGUCUCAGGCCCUGACCCAGCAGGCUGAGCUGAUCUCUCGGCAGCUGCAAGAGCUGCGGCAGUUUGAGGAGGAGGUCCGGCUCCUGCGGGAGACCUCAUUGCAGCAGAAGAUGAGGCUGGAAUCCCAGGCCAUGGAGCUGGAGGCUCUGGCACGGGCGGAGAAGGCCGGCCGAGCUGAGGCCGAGGGCCUGCGGGCUGCCCUGGCUGGGGCUGAGGUCGUCCGGAAGAACCUGGAAGAGGGGAGCCAGCGGGAGCUGGAGGAAGUUCAGAGGCUGCACCAAGAGCAGCUCUCCGGCUUAACAGCAGCUCACCAGGAGGCUCUUUCCGCUUUGACCAACAAGGCUGAGGGCUUGGAGAAGUCUUUGAAUAGCCUGGAAGCCAGGCGGGCAGAGGAAGUCAAGGAGCUGGCCAUGUCCCAGAGGGAGAAUGAGCUGCUGCAGAAGCAGCUGAGCAAGACCAGAGAAGACCUGGAGGCUCAGGUGACCCUGGUUGAGAAUCUAAGGACGUAUGUGGGGGAACAAGUCCCUCAAGAAGUCCGCAGCCAGGCUUGGGAACUGGAGCGUCAGGAGCUCCUGGAAACCGUACAGCGCUUGCAGGAGGAGCGGGAUGCCCUGCGCAGCACUGCUGAGCUGCUGCAGGUGCGAGUGCAGAGCCUCACCUACAUCCUGACACUGCAGGAGGAGGAGCUGGCCAGGAAGGUUCAGUCUUCAGAUUCCCUGGAGCCCGAGCUCUCCAAGAAGUUCCAGUCCUUGCUAACCUGUUGGCGGGAGAAGGUGUUUGCCCUUAUGGUGCAGCUGAAGGCCCAGGAGCUGGGCCACAGGGAGUAUGCGGAGCACCUGAAGGGACAGGUGGUCGAGCUGGAGGGCAGAGUCUCGGCGCAGAGCCAGGAGCAGGCCAUCCUGCAGCGCUCCCUGCAGGACAAGGCCGCAGAGGUUGAGGUGGAGCGGGUCGGCGCUAAGGCCCUGCAGGGGGAGCUGAGCCGUGCUCUGGAGGCCUGGCGCCGGCAGCAGCAGCAGACGGCUGUGGCAGAGGAGCAGCUUAAGCUGGUGGCCAAUUCUGUGUGCAGCUCUCAGAUAUGGCUCCAGAACACCGUGGCCAAGGUGGAACAGGCUGUCAUCCGGCUCCCCAGCCUCAGCAACCGACUCAGCUAUGCUGCUCGCAAGGUCCACACCAUUCAGGGCCUAGUGGCUCGGAAAGUGGCCCUUGCUCAGUUGCGCCAGGAGAGCCGUCCUCCGCCCCCAUCCCCACCCCCUCCCCCACUGACCACAGAUGUGGGCGUUGAGUUGCAGCAGCUUCGGGAAGAGCGGAACCGUCUGGAUGCAGAGCUGCAGCUGAGUGCCCACCUCAUCCAGCAGGAGGUGGGCCGGGCCCGGGAGCAAGGGGAGGCAGAGCGGCAGCAGCUCAGCCAGGUUGCCCAGCAGCUGGAGCAGGAGCUGCAGCAAACCCAGGAGUCCCUGGCCAGUGUGGGGCUGCAGCUGGAGGCGGCUCGCCAGGGCCAGCAGGAGAGCACAGAGGAGGCUGCCAGCCUGCGGCGAGAGCUGAUGCAGCAGCAGGAGAUCUACGGGCAAGCUCUGCAAGAGAAGGUGGCCGAAGUGGAAACUCGGCUUCGGGAACAGCUGUCGGAAACAGAGAGGAGACUGAACGAAGCUCGGAGGGAGCAUGCCAAGGCUGUGGUCUCCCUGCGCCAGAUCCAGCGUAAAGCCGCCCGAGAAAAGGAGCGAAACCAGGAGCUCAGACAGCUGCAGGAUGAGGCCCGCAGGGAGGAGGGGCUGCGGCUGACCCGGCGCCUGCAGGAGCUGGAGAGGGACAAGAACCUCAUGCUGGCCACCUUGCGGCAGGAGGGUCUCCUCUCCCGUUACAAGCAGCAGCGGCUCCUGGCAGUCCUUCCAUCCUUACUGGACAAGGGGAGAUCUGUGGAGUCCAGCCCCAAGCCUCCAGGAUCUUCAGCACCUUCAGCUCCCCCAGCAGCUUCAUCUCCAGCAAUGGCACCCUCCUCCAGGGACCCCAUAAAAGGGUCCCUCUCUGCUCUGCUUGAUGACCUACAGGGCCUGACUGAGGCCAUUGCCAAAGAGGAAGGUCUGUGUCAAGGAGACAACCAGAACUCUCCUGUGCCUGUCCACAGCUGAAAGGGAGGACCAGGAAGGAUCUGG